AUGUCAGAUACUAACACAAGUAACUUCAUCAACCCCUCCACCUUCAUCCUGCUGGGCAUUCCUGGCCUGGAGGCUGCCCAUAUCUGGAUCUCCAUUCCCUUCUGUGCUAUGUACACCAUAGCCGUGUUGGGGAACUUCACCAUCCUGUUCAUUGUGAAGAGAGAGCCGAGCCUCCAUGAGCCCAUGUUCUAUUUCCUCUGCAUGCUGGCCAUCACCGACCUGGUCAUGUCCACAUCCACUGUACCCAAAAUGCUGAGCAUCUUCUGGUUCAAUUCCAGGGAGAUCAGUUUCAGUGCCUGCCUCACCCAGAUGUACUUCGUUCACUCCUUCUCAACGAUGGAGUCUGGAAUCCUCAUGGCCAUGGCUUUUGAUCGCUCCGUGGCCAUCUGCAAUCCUCUGAGAUAUUCCAUGAUCCUGAAAAACUCUGUUGUGGCCAAGAUAGGCCUGGCCGUGGUGCUGCGUAGUGGAAUAAUCACAUUACCUUAUCCCUUCCUGGUGAGGCAGUGGCCAUAUUGCAGAACCAACAUCAUCCCCCACUUCUAUUGUGGGCAUAUAGCUGUGGUAAAGCUUGCCUGCACUGACAUUCGCAUCAGUAGUUACUAUGGGUUGUUUCAUCUUAUCUCGAUGAGUGGAAUGGACAUGUUUUUUAUCGCCGUGUCGUACACUCUGAUCCUCCGGGCCAUCUUCCGCCUCCCCACAAAGGAUGCCCGGCUCAAUACUUUUCGUACCUGCAUCUCUCAUCUUUGUGCCAUCUCAGCUUUGUACAUCCCAGAUUUAGCCUCCUCUUUCAUUCAACGGUUUGGCCAGAAUGUGCCAAUUCAUUUCCUCAUUCUUAUUACCAGUGUGUACCAACUGGUGCCCCCCGUGCUGCACCCCAUCAUUUACGGGGUGAGGACCAAACAGAUCCGGGGCAGGCUGAUCCAACUCUUUACUCCGAAGGAGACCUAA